AUGGAACCACAGGCAGGUAAUGAUAAUGAUGCCGCUGAAGUUGUGGACAAAAAAGCCAAAGAAAAGUGGGAAAUGGAAAAAACGGCUGUACAAAAUUUCCAAGAACACUUUGUUCAGCAAAAUAUCAAUGUGAACACUAAUCGUGAAAAGAUAUCUAUUAUUGAUGUUGAAACAGGUCGUCAUUUUCGUUAUUCAAGUUCCAUAUGGUGGUAUUCAUGGAAUGAAGCAUUUAUUUAUCGUCAGAUCAAUAAUAUUUUACGUAUGGAAAAUAUUGAAUUAUUAAUAUCUUAUCGUUAUUUUAUUAUUGAUCUAUGUCAAAUGAUUAAAAAACGUUACCAUGAACAACGGAAACAGCGACCAACAAUGGUCUAUCGUGCUGAAUGGAUUGAACAAGGUCAGUUUGAUAGUCUAGAAGAUGCAUCAACAGAAAAAGAGCAAUUGCAAUUAAUAUCAAUGAAUGGAUUUAUCUCCACAACAACUGAUCGAACAAUAUCCGAAUUAUAUGCUAAUAAAGAAUGUACAAGACCAAAUGUUGUAGCAGUUAUCUAUGAAAUUAGAAUUGAUCCAUCAAAAUCAUGUACUGAAUUUGCUUUAAUUGAAGAUAUUUCAUAUCAUCCAGAAGAAAAAGAAGUACUUUUUAGUAUUGGUGCUGUUUUCUCGGUUGAUUCGAUUCAAGAACCAAAAGCACCCAAUAAUUUUUAUACAGUUCAAUUAACAGCAUGUGAAUACAAUGAAACAAUUAUUGAUGAUGUGAAAUUAAAAAUUCGAAACUAUACACAACCAGAGUUAUUUAUUUUAAUAGGUAAAUAUUUGAUUGAAUUAGAGCAAUAUCGUACAGUUAAAAAAACCUUUAAUGCUCUAUUAGAGAGUAAGCAAAUAUUGGAAAAUGGUCCGUCAUUAGUUUCUGCUUAUAAUUGUAUCGGUAUGAUGCAUUCAAGAAUGGAUUUAUAUGGCGAUGCGAUUCAAUAUUAUAAACAAGCAUUAAAAUAUCAAAGCAAAUUUGAUUUAUCUGAUAAUAAUACAUUAGCUGCAUGUUAUAAUAAUAUCGGCUCUGUUUUAUUGAAACAAAAUUACAUUGAUGAGGCUUUGGCAAAUUUCAAUGAAGCAUUACGUAUACAGAGUCGUGAACCAUUAGAUAAAGAACAAAAUUUAGUAUCGAUAUAUUCCAAUAUUGGACGCGUUUAUACGAAGAAAGAAAACUAUGAUAAAGCAGAAGAAUUUUUUAUCAAAGUUGAAAAAUUAAUUGAUCAAAACAAAGAUGAACUAACAUAUGAUGCAUUAGAAAAAUCAUUGACUAUAGCAGAUGCUAAGCUACAUCAUGCUAUUUUAAAAGGAAUAAUGGACAAGGAUUCUGUCAGUGAUGUGUCCCUAUAUUAUAAUGUCCCACAGACCUAUGCAAAACUUUUGCCUUUUAGUCAUCCAAAACAUACAAACGCUUUAAAACACUUAAUUAUUUCAUCAAUUCUUUCAGGCAAGUUUUGUUACACAGAAGAGUUGGUCGAUCGUGUAACCAAAUUGCAAACAAUAAAUCGUCGGAAUGUAUUAGAAUUAUUUAAUCUAACAGCAUGCCUUUACGUUCAUGAAAAGAGCACAAACUUUAGAGACUUCAGUAAAGCCAUGAAUAUUUGGAAAAAAAUUAUUAUUCGAAUAAUGAAUACUGAAUUCAACACCAAAAAUAAUUACAAUGUUAAUAAUGUUAUAUAUGAAUCAUACGAAACUGCCAUAGCGUAUUAUAAAAAGCAAGAAAUAAACUCGCAAGUAUUGUUUAAUCUUGGAAUACUUUUCACAUUACAAGAUGAUGUUGAGAAUGCACUUUCAUAUCUUACUCAGGCGAUGACUAAUAGUGAUUUAGAUAAAAGUGAUGUAUUCCUUUGUUUAAUUAUUCUUGGUAAUCUAAAUGUACUAGAACAAAAUUACUCAGCUGCCGUUGAAUAUUAUAAUACAGCUACACUUGUAAGCAACGAAAAUAUCAGCAACGAAUAUAUCAGCAAUGAUUACAUGAAGAUUGAAUUAUACUUAGCAAAAGCUAAUUGUGAUAAGAUAAAUGCAUUGCAAAUUUUAAUACAUCUGGUAGAAAAUAUGAAAUUGCUAAAUAAUGAUUUAGAUGAUGAAAUUAUUAAACAACGAACAAUGGCUUAUGAAAAACUUUCACAUGAACUGAUGAAACGUAAAAGCUAUACUCUAGCAUUUAUAUAUGUGAAUAAAGCAAUAAAUUUAAAAUCGAAAUAUUUGUCAAAAAAUCAUCCACAUUUAGCUCAAAGUUAUUUAUUGAUUGGUAAAAUUUUUGAAGAAAAAGGAAAUUUUAAUAAAGCAUUAGAAUCCUACGAAAAAGCACUGGAAAUCCAACAUGUUAAUCUUCCUCAAAAUCAUGCUGAUAUAAUGAAUGUAAAACUUGAAAUCGGUCAUUUAUACUGUAAAAUGGAAAAACUGGAUAAAUUAGAGGUCUUUUACGUUACUAGAGAUCAGUAUAACAUACCUGAAUGUAAUGCAUCGAUUACCAUUCUAUUGAGUGCUACAGCUGAACUUUAUCGCAAGCGAAAAGAAUACUGGUUAGCACUACAUAGAGAACAAGAAUCAAAUAAUAUUCGACAGUCACAGCUGUCUCAGAUUAUUAUACAAACUGUGAAACAAAAACCAAAUAUUACAAUGGAAAAACUUAAGCAAUUAUUACCAACUACAAAAUCGAUGUUAAAAGUUAUUUUACAAAAUUUGUUAUAUAUUUAUAUGGAAUUAAGUAAAAUUCAAUACAAAACGCAAGGAGGAAAUGGUAAAAAAGAGGAAGAUGCUAAGAAUGAUUGGAUUGAAAGUAAGAAAAAAGCACGAAAUAUCAGAUCAAAAUUAUUUUCACUAUGGACAAUAGAAGAGAAAAGGGUGCAUCACACAGAUGAUGAAGAGAAUAUGCUGUAUAGAAACGAAGGCAGUGGUCCCCACAUAAUAGCUAAGUUAAGACAGAAGAAAGAGCGAUAUCAAUCGCUCAUUCAUAAAGAAAAGAAAAAAUUGUUAAAUUUAACAAAACAAAAACCAGUUGAUUUCUUAACAAAUACAGAUGGAAAUCUGCAGUUCAUUUCAGAAUUUCUUGCGAGUUUUGCUUUGAAAAAGUUGUCAUCGAUUACCGAAAAUAUUCUCAGUCGGUUAUACAUUGAUUGUGGUACCAUUUGUAUUCAAUUAUUCAAUUAUUCGGAAGCUAUACAAAUGUUUUUCCAAGCAUUUCAAUUACACAUAGAAGACGUACAAAAUACAACAACAAGAGGUAACAAAAUAGUUGAUGAUUUUAUUGAUAUUUUACAAACGUCGUCUUCAACAUCAAUUACUACGAUUAUUGAUACCUUACAUGCUAUUUUAUAUUACUAUUUUCCAGAUGAAAUAACCAUGAUGAUAAAUGAUAAAAUAUGGUUAUUAUUGAACAUCGCUAUGCUACAUCGAGCGCAUGAGGAAGAUGAAACCGCUAUUAAGUACUACAACGAUGCACUACAGCAGCUAUUAGCCGAUAAUAACGAAAAGAAAAACUAUUUAAAAAUUGCUGCAAUACAAUUUAUAAUUUUAGGAUUGUUUCGGCCAGAACAAAAAGAAGCUGGUAGUUUGUCAUUACCCUCAUCAUUAUUAUCGCCCAACGAUGCAUUGUUGCUAGACAGAUUGACAAAAAAAAGUACAAAAGAAGUCGAAAGAGAAUUUAAUGAGAACGUAUUCCGUGAUCGAAUAUUGGCACAAAAUAAAUCGAUUGAGUUCUAUAAAGAACAUACUAUUGGACAAUGUUUAACAGAUAUCGGUGAUCAUAUUGCUGGUAUUGCAUAUUGGACAAAUAUAUUAGAAGACCAAGAACAGCAUGUAUCAAAAAUUUUAAUGAAGAUAAUUAGUUCUCCAACAUCAACUGUCAGACAAAUUUAUAAUGAAAUGAAACGAAUGGACAUUGAGUUCGUUCAACAAUUAAAAUCAAUAGCACAAAGUUAUAAAAAAAUGGCAGUUGACACGGAAGAAGAAGCAAACAAGGACAUAUUAAGAGAUAUUGAUAUGGCUAUUAAUGAAUAUGAACAAUCAGGAGAAUUUUAUGCAAUAUCGAAAUUCAUAAUGUUAAUUAGUGGUGAUGACUGUAAUCAAAUCGAGCUGUAUAAUAAAGAGAUGUCAAGACUAGAAAUAAAUUUGCGAAAUGUGAAAAGGAAUUACUAUGGUGUAUGUAGCAAUUGUCAAGAACUACUGGUUCCUGUUCAAUAUAAAUGUACAACGUGUAAUGAUAACUAUAGUCUUUUCCAAACGAAUCUAUCGUCCAAAGAUAAGGAGUGGAGCUGGAAAUUCGGCGUUCUUUUGGGAUCGGUUUGA